CGAAAGCAACAACUAUCACUAGCCCAGGCUCAAAGAGUCGUCGUCCUCUUCCUCGGUCUCCUCGUCAAGUCAACCCUUCUGACAACCCGUCCCAGCCCCGCACCUCCACCAGCCUCCAUCCAAUCGAUCCCCAACUCAGCUGCCCGCGCCCCCGGUCCGGGACUCCUCGGCAUGAGCGGCUUCUUGGCGGUGAUGGGCAAGAUCGGCACCUUCCUGCUGUGGGUGCUCUUCCUGGUGCUGAAGACGGCCACCAAGAUCGUCGGCAGCCUCCUGGCCGCACCCGCCGAGUUCCAAGAGGACCAGCAGCAAGGACCGGAGGCGGCGGCUGCGGCGCGGCGCAGGUCGACGCCAGCUUCGCCGCACCGCGACCCCAACGAGCCGGCGUCGGCGCCGCCGGCGCAGCUGUGGAACCCGCUACCGCCGGCGUACUCUGCUUCUGCUCCCGCGGCGGAUGAGUACUCUUUGUCCUCGAGCUUCCGGCGGCGGGCGAGUGCGCCGCCACCGCCAGUUGAGGACGUAGUUUUGUCCUCGAGUGGCUACUCGCGUCCUCCAUUGGCGGCGGCCCAUGCGCAUUCCGUAUCAGCGCCCCCGCUAAGGGCGGUGGAGGAGCGGGCGAUGCUGGCGAGGGCGGUGGCUGGGGGGAAGCGGCCGAGGCUGGAAAGGAAGUACUCCAAGAUUGUGGACCAGUACCACUCCUUGGAUGAGGUUAUUGAAGCAUUAGCACAAGCUGGUCUUGAGUCCUCAAAUUUAAUCAUAGGACUUGAUUUCACGAAGAGUAACGAAUGGACAGGAAAGAAUUCCUUCAAUGGCAUGAGCCUGCAUCAUAUUGGUGACACCCCAAAUCCUUAUGAGCAGGCAAUCUCCAUCAUUGGGCAAACCUUGUCAGCUUUUGAUGAGGAUAACUUAAUUCCUUGCUAUGGCUUUGGAGAUGCAUCUACACAUGACCAAGAUGUAUUUGCCUUCUAUCCUGAUGAAAGACCAUGCAAUGGUUUUCAGGAGGCUUUGGUUAGAUAUAGAGAAAUUAUUCCUCAUCUUCGCCUUUCCGGUCCUACAUCUUUCGCCCCAAUAAUUGAAAUGGCCACAACCAUUGUGGAGCAAAGCGGUGGACAAUACCAUGUUUUAGUUAUAAUAGCUGAUGGGCAGGUUACACGAAGUAUUGAUACUGAAUUUGGCCAGUUAAGUACCCAGGAGCAGAUGACUGUUGAUGCUAUUGUGCAAGCCAGCGAAUUUCCCUUGUCUACAAUUUUGGUUGGAGUUGGCGAUGGUCCAUGGGAUAUGAUGAAGGAAUUUGAUGACAACAUACCCACUAGGUCUUUUGACAAUUUCCAGUUUGUCAACUUCGCUGCAAUCAUGUCAAAGAAGAUAAGUCAAAGCAAAAAGGAGACAGAAUUUGCACUUUCAGCUCUCAUGGAAAUUCCUUUGCAGUACAAGGCAACAUUAGAGCUUGGGAUUUUAGGACGUCGACUUGCAAAGUCGCCUGAGCGGGUUCCACUUCCUCCUCCAUUUGCAAGUUAUAACACAAUCUCAAGAGUGCCAUCUCGAGCAAAUAGCUAUCGAAGUGUGCCUUCACGUCCUAGAGAGGAACCAACGGUAGAUUCAACAAUCACAGCAUCAGUUACAUCCCCACCAGCUGCUGAUACUAAAGUUUCAGAACCCCAAAUGUGCCCAGUUUGCCUUUCCAAACCCCGGGACUUGGCAUUUGGUUGUGGUCACCAGACAUGUUCGGAAUGUGGGCCACAAGUCAUAGAUUGUCCAAUCUGUCGAAGGCCCAUCGAUACAAGAGUAAAACUGUACUAACUGUCUGUCCUGCCUAACUAGGCUUCGCUGAAGUAGAUGCGUGCACGAAGUAGGAUCCUUUGAAAAAGAACUGUAUAAGACUAUUAAUGCUAUAGUGUGUAUUGAUUUAAUAGAAUCAGCUGUACAAAAAGGAGAAUAAAAGUUUUAUGCCUCUUCUA